AUGCAACCUAAAGCAUAUCGCUCCUUCACCAAAAGUGCUAUACCAGCUUUACUUCAGAGAUUUGCACCGUCGCUCAACGCAGAAGCAUUUCUGGCCGCAGGCAAUGUGUUCCCUACACGAAUCAACAAUCAUGUUGCCGAUGACCUGAUCGAUUGGUCGAAGGCACCGAAGGACCCUUUGUUCAGGCUAAGUAUUCCGCAACCUGAGAUGCUACGUCCGGAACAUCUCGCUCUUGUCCUCGACGAAAUGAGGCGGCCAGACACAAGCAGAAUCCGACUUCGCGCUGCAGCAGAACAUGUGCGACAUCAGAUGAAUCCCCACCCCGCGGGUCAGAAAGAAGAAAAUGUGCCUCGAUUGGGUGGACAGCCUGUCCAAGGCUUGCAGCACAAGUAUCGAGAGACUGUCUUGUUCUUCCCCUCUGAGGCACAAUACUGUCACGCAUACUGCACAUAUUGUUUCCGGUGGGCACAGUUUACGUCAGUCGGCUCGGAGCAGGCCUUCAAGACGUCUGAUAUCGAUAUGUUGCAGCAGUACGUUGCGAGUCAUCCCAAAGUCUCGGACGUCUUGUUCACUGGAGGUGAUCCCAUGGUCAUGCCGACAGCAACGCUCAAACGCUACAUCGAGCCACUUAUUGGUCCCAAGGCACCUUCGAACCUCGAUACAAUUCGCAUUGGCUCGAAGUCGCUAGCAUGGUGGCCUUAUCGUUAUGUGAGCGAUCCGGACUCACAAGAGCUUCUGCGUUUCUUUUCUGAGGUUGUCAAGUCUGGCAAACACUUGACCAUCCAGGCACAUUUCAGUCAUCCGCGGGAAGUGGAGCAUCCUGUCACGCAGGAGGCUGUCCGCCUAAUACGGAUGACUGGAGCUCAGAUACGAUCACAGGCGCCGCUGAUCAGGCACGUCAACGACAGUCCCGAAGCAUGGACGCGUAUGUGGAAGUUGCAGACGAAGAUUGGCAUUGUUCCAUAUUACAUGUUCGUGGAACGUGAUACUGGUGCUCGGGAUUACUUCUCUGUACCCCUCUCGCGAGCAGUUGAGAUUUACGAUGAGGCUUACUCGCGGCUCCCUGGAACAGCGAAGACAGUAAGAGGCCCGUCUAUGUCGGCCAGCCCGGGGAAAGUUUGCGUUGUCGGCAAGGCUGUGGUGCAAGGAGAAUUGCAUUUUCUACUGCGUUUCCUUCAGGCUCGGAACCCGGAAUGGACGAAGGGCGUCUUCUUCGCCAAAUUCGAUCCAGAAGCGAGAUGGCUCGACGAUCUGAGGCCUGCCUUUGGUGCUGAUGAGUUCUUCUACGCCAAAGACUAUGAGAGACAAAAACUAUCGAUGGCGAAAGGUUCUUCAGGUCAGCUUACUGACCAAGAAUGGAUGAAUAUGAGCGAUGGGUGGAACCUGCAAAGGGAUAGCGGGAAUAGCGCAGCUAUGUUGUGA